AUUAAACCCACCACCGCAACUCGUCGGAGAUUAAACGAGAAAAAUUCAAACACACACACACCACGCCCUCUUCUCAUUUUCUCGAGAAAACAUUUUAUUUUCCCUCACUUUCUCGGCGUCCAAACGCCACAUUUUCCCUCGCACAAUGGCGCGGCGGCUCCUCCCCAAGCUCGCGCUAAUCGUCGCGGCCCUGGCGGUCCUCUUCUUCUCCCCCUCGCAAUCCGCCGUUUUCAGUGUAGAUCUGGGUUCCGAAUCGGUCAAGGUGGCGGUUGUUAACCUGAAACCUGGUCAAAGCCCGAUCUCGAUCGCCAUCAACGAGAUGUCGAAACGGAAAUCGCCGGCGCUGGUGUCGUUCCACGACGGCGACCGCCUCCUCGGCGAGGAAGCCGCGGGCCUCGUCGCUCGCUACCCGCAGAAAGUGUAUUCCCAAAUUCGGGACCUCAUAGGGAAACCCUAUUCCUCCGCGAAGAGCUUUCUGGAUUCAAUGUACCUGCCUUUCGAUACGAAGGAAGAUUCCAGAGGCACCGUGAGUUUCAGAAUCGAUGAAAACGGCACCGAGUAUUCGUCGGAGGAACUGGUGGCCAUGUUGUUGGGCUACACUGCAGCUUUGGCUGAGUUCCACGCGAAGAUUCCGAUCAAGGACGCGGUGAUCGCUGUGCCGCCGUAUUUUGGGCAAGCUGAACGGAGAGGGUUGCUUCAGGCGGCAGAGUUAUCAGGGAUUAACGUUCUUGCGUUGAUCAACGAGCAUUCCGGUGCCGCGCUUCAAUACGGGAUUGAUAAGGAUUUUUCCAAUGAGUCGAGGCAUGUGAUUUUCUAUGACAUGGGUUCCAGCAGUACCUAUGCUGCGCUUGUCUAUUUCUCGGCUUAUAAGAGUAAAGAGUAUGGGAAGACGGUGUCCGUGAACCAGUUUCAGGUCCAGGAUGUCCGGUGGAACUCAGAACUUGGUGGCCAGCAAAUGGAAUUGCGAUUGGUGGAGUAUUUUGCUAAUGAAUUCAAUGCACAAGUUGGUGAUGGAAUAGAUGUGAGGAGAUUUCCCAAGGCUAUGGCUAAAUUGAAGAAACAGGUGAAACGAACAAAAGAAAUUCUUAGUGCAAAUACAGCAGCUCCUAUUUCAGUUGAAUCACUUCAUGGUGACAUAGACUUCAGGAGCACAAUAACCCGUGACAAAUUUGAAGAACUCUGUGAAGAUAUUUGGGAAAAGUCUCUUUUGCCUUUGAAAGAGGUGCUCGAGCAUUCAGGACUCUCAGCGGAACAAAUAUAUGCAGUGGAGUUGAUUGGAGGAGCUACCAGAGUGCCAAAAUUACAGGCUAAGCUUCAAGAAUUCCUUGGGAGAAAAGAACUUGAUAGGCAUCUUGAUGCUGAUGAAGCGAUUGUUCUUGGCGCAGCUCUGCAUGCUGCAAAUUUAAGUGAUGGAAUCAAAUUAAACCGCAAAAUAGGAAUGGUUGAUGGUUCCUUAUAUGGAUUUGUGGUUGAGUUGAGUGGUCUUGAUCUUUUGAAAGAUGAAAGCUCAAGACAGUUACUUGUACCACGAAUGAAGAAACUCCCGAGUAAGAUGUUCAGAUCCAUUAAUCAUAACAAGGAUUUUGAAGUUUCCCUAGCUUACGAAAGUGAACAUCAGUUACCACCCGGUGUUACCUCUCCCAUAAUUGCCCAAUACAAGAUAUCUGGUUUGAAAGAUGCAAAUGAGAAAUACUCUUCCCGGAAUCUGUCAUCUCCCAUCAAGGCAAAUAUGCAUUUCUCUCUUAGUAGAAGUGGAAUUCUCUCUCUGGAUCGGGCAGAUGCUGUUAUUGAAAUAACAGAGUGGGUGGAAGUUCCAAGGAAAAAUUUGACCAUAGAGAAUUCAACUAUUUCGUCAAAUACAUCAAAUGAAUCUGGUGCUGGGGACAGUUCUGAAAGCAAUGAAAACUUGGAAACUGAUAGUGGGAUUAAUAAGACAUCCGACAUUAGUGCAGAGGAGCAAAUUGAUAGUGGGGCUAAUAAAACACCCAACAUUAGUGCAGAGGAGCAAGCUGUUGCUGAACCUGCUACAGAGAGAAAGCUGAAAAAGCGAAGCUUUAGGGUACCAUUGAAGAUUGAUGAGAUAGCAGGAUCUGGGAUGUCCUUAUCAAAAGAUAUUCUUGCUGAAGCCAAAAGAAAAUUACAAGCUCUAGAUAAAAAAGAUGCAGAAAGGAAAAGAACCGCUGAGUUAAAAAAUAAUUUAGAAGGAUAUAUAUACACUACUAAGGAAAAGAUUGAAACUCUUGAGGAGUUUGAAAAAGUUUCUACAAGUGAAGAGCGCCAGUCCUUUGUUGAGAAGCUUGAUGAGGUGCAAGAUUGGUUGUAUACAGAUGGUGAAGAUGCUAAUGCUACAGAGUUUCAAGAGCGUCUUGAUCAGUUAAAAGCUGUUGGGGAUCCAAUUUUCUUCAGGUUAAAAGAGCUUACAGCUCGUCCAGUGGCGGUUGAUCUUGCCCGUAAAUACAUUGAUGAGCUAAAACAGAUUGUACAAGAGUGGAAAACAACCAAGUCUUGGCUUCCAAAAGACCGAGUAGAUGAGGUGAUAAACGGUACUGAAAAGUUAAAGAGUUGGUUGGAUGAGAAAGAGGCUGAGCAAAAGAAGACUUCUGGAUUCAGUAAGCCAGCAUUUACAUCUGAAGAAGCAUAUUUAAAGGUGUUUGAUCUACAAAACAAGGUUGCCAAUAUUAAUAAAAUUCCUAAGCCCAAGCCCAAGAUUCAGAAGCCCACAAAGAAUGAAAGUGAGAGCAGUGGGCAGAACACGGAUAGUGAUGAAAAAGUUGAUGAGCAACCCGAAGCUCAUGAUGAGUUAUGAUUCAACUGGGAAUGCAUGUAGGUCCAGUUUUAAUCACAUCUACCUGCAUAAUUUAUACUCCUAAUGGUAGAAUGGUUUGGUGAAAAGGAGGCACUUUUAGUUUUUCACCGACCAGGAGAAUAGAGUUGAGGCAACAUUUGGCAUCAGAGUGCUAAAAUUUUGAGGUUUGGUGGCAUCUACAUUGUUGGUAAUUAAUUUCCCUUUGCUAUUUGAGGGGGUAAGUUGUAAUUUACAGCCACAUGAAAUAUGUUAGGGAGAACAGUUAGUAAUUCUAAUAGAUUUGCACCAAAGUUACACAAAUUUUGCUUGAGUGAGCUCUCAUAAUUAAUUCUAAACGAUCUCAUUCAAUCAGCAGAUACAGUUUUCAUUCUCUUAAAAAAUAGUCUUGCUGAUGAUGCGACCUAAA